CCCACAUACCAGUGAACUGUUUCCACACUCUGCUUGAAGAGGUAGGAGAGAACCCGAGGCGCUGAGUAAGAGGAAAGAGGGCGGACAAGAAGAAGGAGAAAGAAAGACAGAGAAAGAGAGAGGAGGAGAGAAGAGGAAAGAGGUCGCCGUAGUCCCGCUCCUUCCCCGGGCUCAAUCUCCGCCGAGAAGAUGCUGAGAAUAGCCGGCGUGCUGGCUCUGGUGGCUCUGGGGUUGAGCGCCGCUCACAUCAGAGUGAAUAAACACAAACCGUGGAUUGAGACAUCAUACCAUGGGGUGAUCACUGAAAACACUGACAUCGUUCUGCUGGAUCCUCCUCUGGUGGCCCUUGACAAAGACGCCCCUAUCCCCUACGCAGGGGAAAUCUGUGCGUUCAACAUCCACGGGCUGGAGGCUCCGUUCAAAGCAGUGGUGCUGAACGGUACGUCUGGCGAGGGCCAGCUGAGGGCCCGUGGCCUGGUGGACUGCGAGUUGCAGAAGGAAUACACAUUCAUCAUCCAGGCUCACGACUGCGGUUCGGGCCCCGGGGGCACGGAGGGCAAGAAGUCCCACAAGGCGGUGGUGCAUAUCCAGGUCAACGAUGUGAAUGAGUUCGCUCCUGUGUUUCGGGAGCCCCAGUACCACGCCGCAGUGACAGAGGGCAAGAUUUACGACAGCAUCCUGCAGGUGGAGGCCACUGACCAGGACUGCUCCCCACAGUACAGCCAGAUCUGUAACUACCAGAUCACUACAACCACCACACCCUUUGCUAUAGAUCGCAAUGGUAACAUCCGGAACACAGAGAAGCUGAGCUACGACCGCCAGCAGCAGUACGAGAUCCAGGUGACUGCAUGGGACUGCGGCCAGAAGAGGGCGCUGCACAGCGUCCCUGUUCACAUUGACGUCAAGCCUGUCUGCAAACCUGGCUGGCAAGGUUGGAACAAAAGAGUGGACUAUGAGCCUGGAACUGGAAGUAAGCAGCUGUUUCCUAAGAUGCAUCUGGAGACCUGUGGUGGGCCGCUGUCGUCAGUGAGGACCACAGUGGAGCUGCAGACCAGCCACAUUGGGAAGGGCUGCGACCGGGAAACCUACUCUGAGAAAUCUCUACAGAAACUCUGUGGGGCCUCCUCAGGCAGCACUGACCUUCUACCUGCCUCGAGCGCUGCCACCAACUGGACGGCUUCCCUGGUGACUGACAGCGGGAGGGACAGUGACUUGAUCUUCAGGUUUGAUGGUCGUCAGGCUGCGAAAAUCCCAGACUGGGUGGUACCCCAGAAUCUGACAGACCAGUUUACCAUAGCAACGUGGAUGAAACAUGGACCCAGUCCUGGACUCAGAGCUGAGAAGGAGACACUACUCUGUAACUCAGACAAGACUGAGAUGAACCGUCAUCACUACUCGCUGUAUGUCCAUAAUUGCCGCUUGGUGUUUCUGCUGAGGAGAGACUUCACACAGGUGGACACAUUCAGACCGGCAGAGUUCCACUGGAAAUUGGAGCAGAUCUGUGACAAGGAGUGGCAUUACUACGUCAUCAAUGUGGAAUUCCCAGUGGUUAUGCUCUAUGUGGAUGGAGUGACUUACGACCCCUACCUGGUGACAGACGACUGGCCCAUCCACCCCUCACAGAUUGAUGUGCAGCUGACAGUCGGGGCCUGCUGGCAAGGUGGGGAGGUGACCAAGCCCCGGUUCACUCAGUAUUUCCGGGGCAGCCUAUCUGGACUCACUAUCCGACCGGGGAAGAUCGAGAGUCAGAAAGUCAUUUCCUGCUUGCAGGCCUGCAAAGAGGGACUGGACAUCAACUCCCUUGAGAGCCUGGACAAGAGCAUAAAGUUCCACUUUAACCCAGCCCAGUCUAUCCUGGUAAUGGAGGGAGAGGACUUGGAGAACAUGAACGCUGCUGUGAGGAAAGUGUCCUACAUCAACUCUCGCCAGUUUCCAACACCAGGCAUCCGACGUCUGCGCAUCUCCACCACUGUCCAGUGUUUUGGUGAAGACACUUGUAUCACCAUCCCCGACAUUGAUGCGGUGGUGAUGGUGCUGCAGCCCAGCGAGCCCAGGAUCACCAUCACUGGAGUGGAGAGACUGAGCCGGCCGGCUUCCGACCUCAGAGCGCCAGGUGGCAUAGCUCUUUUCCAGGACCUCCACAUCAUCAGCACGGUGACCAGGGCAGAUGCCACCGCACAUCACACAGGUAUGGACUUUAACAUACAGUCACGUCGACCCGGGGUGCUGGAGGAGAUCAUUCACAACUUGGACUACUGUGAUGUCCUUGUGCUGGGGGAGGAGUUAAGGCCAGGGCAGGAGUCUCUCCAACUGCGGCGAAGCGCUCUGCUUGGAAAGCACCUUGACGCCACCAACUCCACCUCUGGCAUGUCAAUAUAUGGCGUAGACUCCAUGUCUAACUAUGAACAGGUGAUCAGACAGGUGCGUUACUAUAACUGGCAGCCUGGACCACUAACAGAAAGAAGAUUUCGCCUCACCUGCUCGGAGCUCAAUGGACGCUACACCAGCAACGAGUUCAGCCUGGAGGUAAGCGUACUGCACAGAUCAGAAGCUGGAGAACAUGUCAAUCAUAUGGUAGCCCCGCCUCAGUACAUGCAGGUGGUCCACCAUCCGUCCAUGAUUCAUGGCCUGUACCCCAGCCACAACGCAGGCGUACCAAGUGCUGCCACGGUGGUAAUUGUAAUGUGUAUCACUGCCCUGGUGGUGGUCGUGGUGCUGGGCAUCUACCGCAUUCACCUGACCCACCAGCAGGAGGUCAAGCUGGCCGAGACGGCGAAAGAGGCAGAUGUGACCUGGAACGACUCAGCUCUGACGAUCACCAUCAAUCCAAUGGAGGAGGAGGAGGAGGAAGAAGAAGAGGAGGAGGAAGAGGAGGAAGAUGACGAGGAAGAGGAGGACGAUGACAUCACCAGCGCUGAGUCGGAUGACAGCGAGGAGGAAGUGGACGUCCAGCUACCCAGGAUGCAACGCUUGAGCAAGAAGGGCCAAAACUGGGACAAAACAGCAAUAUCAUAUUGAAACACAUGCUCACAGUCACUCGCACACAUUU